AAAUAUAUUGAAAAAUAAAUUUAAUUUCUUUGUAAACUAUGAAAUGCCUAGCAAUUUACCAUAUCCGGUAUCCAGAUAAUCGUCUCGCAGAUAUGAAUUCUCUUCUUCUUCUUCAACCUCUUCCCGCGCUCUCUUCCUCUGUUUUCCUCCAAAAUUCCGGCUAUGUCCCUUCUCUGACCUCUGUAAAAACCAAUAGAAUUCUUCAAUCAAAGCCCCUCACUGCUACAUUACUUGCCCUUACUGAAUCGCCCGAUUCUACCCAAUCCCCUCAACCCCUCCUUAUCCAGCUCUCUGAUUGCUUUGAUCUUCCGUCGGAGUAUUUGGAACAAUUGCCUCGUGAUCUUCGAUUGGACUUAAAUGAUGCAGCUUUCGAUCUUUCAAAUGGGCCGGUUAUUGAUGAGUGUGGCCAAGAGCUGGGAGAACUCCUGUUAAAUCUCGCACGAGCAUGGGAAUUAGCCGAUACAUCAACUUCCCGUGCUUUAGCUAACAAGCUUCCUACUCUGGAGGGUACUCUAACAAAUAAUGCCAAAGCAGCAUUUGGCAAGCGGUUGGUAUCUGCUGGAAGGAGGUUCCAAUCAAUGGGACAGUAUGGCCAGGGUGAGAUGCAAAAGAUUGCACAAGCAAUGAUUACAACUGGGAAACUUCUGUCUGCAAGUUCAACACCAACAACUAGAGAUGACGAACCAAAGAACGAAACCAGAGUCUUCAAGUUUGGAGAACUUCAGGUUGCAGUAACACCAGAGAAAGCCAACAUUGGAGCUGUAAUUGGAAUUGCUUUCGGGAUUCUUUCAUGGGAACUAGCCCAGGGCAUUCAGAGCAUACCAGAGAGCUCAUUGCAAUAUGCAAAUGAUAACGCUUUACUGCUGGCGAAGUCUCUAAGAGGAGCUCUACUUGUGGUUUUUUACUCAUCUGCCAUUUUGUCUGCCUUUACAUCCGUGGGACUUUUCUUACUUGGAAGACAACUCAAGUCAAAAGAAAAGUGAGCUUCUGUGAUGACAACUUUCAGUUCAUCAGAUUCUCUAAUAUUGAUGUGAGAAGCGUUGGGUAUUAUUGUCUGAAAUGUUCAUAACUGUUUAAUCUCAUUGGUUAGUUUUGAUGCCUUAGAGAAAUGUACUAUAGACGGUAAUCUGAGUUUAAAUUUUAUUGUGUAUAUGUAGCUUAUUUUGUUGUAUAAAGUGGACAAAACCAUUUAUGUAUAAUUUUGAAUUAUAAUUGUAUAGUCAUUUAGUGUGCAAAGAUA